ACCAACAAUCAUGAGACUGGGCUCUACGAAAAUUUUAAGAGAAACAUCAAGGAAAAAGGUUUUUCGAUUUCUGACAAUCAAGGAGGGGGAAACUGCAUGUUUUUGGCCCUUUCGGAACAGCUCCACCUCAAAAAAGGAAUUAAAAUCUCACAAGCAGAGUUACGGCAAACCGUAGUCCAAUAUCUGAAGAAAAACCCUACGCUGGUUAGUGUUUCAGGUUUCUUGACACAAGUUAUUCAAGUCUGUUCAUCCUUGGUUAAAAUAUCAAAAUAUAUCUUAUGGAUUUUAGUUUAUCUAAUUUCAGGUUAGAACGGAAAGUGAGUACAUUCGCGCAUACAUUACUAAGUUUCGUUGACUGCAAUUGAAAUAAUUCUUUUGUAGACUAUUUUGCAAGCAACGAAGGCGGUAGUAUAGCCAGAGCGCGAACAUUCGGUUGCACAAGAUUUAAUGUUAAGCAUGCACCACGAAACCUCAUCAUCAGAGCGUGCCCCGGGUUACUGAAGCAUAUUUUUCUUUUCCUUUUAGGCAAUCUUUCCAUUCCAAUUGAUUGAGUCUAAGGCACUUUAUGUAGUAAUCGCAUUUCAGCCGAAAGAGCACAGCUCCCUGAAAAAGCAUUUAAAAUCCCUACCCCCCCCCCCCCCAACCCCCGUCGAAUAUCUAAAAGAGCAUUUUUUUCAAUGCAAACCAAAAAUAGCCAGUAAUAAUACAGAGCUGGCCUUUUUUUCCAAAGAGAAUGUUGACUGUAACUCGGUACGCAUGCUGAUAUGAAAAACUUCAAGUCCCGUUACCGAGAUCCUCGUUGAAUAAACCGAGAAAUCUGUAACCGAGCAAUCCUACCUUCUCAUGUAAACCCCUACCAAUCCCUCCCUUUCUUUAAAAGUUGUGAGGCAUUUAGAAGCACGGCUGUGCUCUUUGUAGGAGCUUUACUGAACUACAGUAUUUUUUUUCUCACAGCCGGAUGGUACAGAGCUCUUUCAUUUCGUCGACGGAUAUUCAUCUUGGGAUGCGUACCUCACACGCAUGAUGGCAGAUGGUACAUUGGGUGAUCACGUGAUCCUCCAUGGUACAGCAAACCUCUUUAAAACAUGCAUUCACGUGAUAAGCAGUCAUCACGAUGAAGUAAUGAUCUGCCCAGAGUAUGAUGCUAGCACCCGCCUUGUACUGGGUCACGUGCAUGAGCCUCACUAUGUCAGUCUUAUUCCACAUAAAGGAGGUAAAGAUGUUUGAUGUUACCCAGUAAACAAUCCCUUUUCCCGAAAUAAAAAAAAAACAUUUAUAAGUCGGUGUUAGUGAGUCGAUCUUCGAGUAUUCGUUGCAGAUUUAGCGCGCUUAUUUUAAAAACAAACAAGCUAUGUAAAAUAUUUUGCCGCUUUGGAAAUUGCAUAUUUAAGUUAAACCCGACCAGGUAAGUUUCAGCCAGGAGCAGCUGGGAAAAAUAAUUUUCUUCACUCUUCUUUUAUGGAACUGUUGCUGAAGUUUCCUGUGCUCUUGCUCGAAAAUGUGAAUCAGUUAACUCGUAAUUUUUACUUGGAAGAAAACCUUGUUCCUUUUUGCCCGACCUUUUCCAAAAGGUAAUUAUCUCUGUUGAGUAUUUGGCGAGAACAGAGUGCAAACUGAAACGAUGUAAUUCAAUGUGCAGCGAAAUGCGAACUUUGACAGAAACACAUUUUACCUACCUUCACAAGAUCUUCAAAUUUUCCCGCCUAAACCCAAAAAGAACGGUAGGUAAAACAUUGUGCGCAGUGUAAAAAAAACAAAAAAAAAAAAGGAUGGUUUGCUUUCUUUAACUAUUUUAAUAGAUUUCUUUCAAAUCGCUGAGUAUUUGACUCUUUUUGUUUUAAACGGUAUCUCGUGUCUGAUUUUAUUGCUAGCAAUUAUUAGUCGCGUGUUUAAUCAAUUGAUCCUUAUUAAGUUAUUUGUUUUAUAAUAAUACGUCAAUAUGCUCCCUUGAGGUUUUUCCUGUGGAGCUAAUUUGUAUUUAACUUUACAUAAAACGGAGAAAACAGUUCUGUAAUAGUCAGACAAAAUUGAAAUAGAGAGGUUUUAGCCCCACUUUGUGUAUAUGUGCGAGUGUUUUGUUUAUAUAUCCUGGUUUUAGCGCUAAAUAAGAAGACGUAAACUUAUUGAAAUAAAGACUUUUCAACUCCACUUUCUGUAUGUGUUUUGUUUAUAUAUCUGAGUUUUAGCGCUAAAUAAGAUAUGGGAAGCCGUUUCUUGCGUUACUAGGUGAUCGCUUCUCUUAUUCCUAUUUUCCUUUUAAUAGACGGUCCGAAAACCGGGCUCAAGUUACUUACCGGGCAAGUCUAGGCAAGCCUAUUGUUCCUAUUGUACUAGAGUGACGCUCAUUAGUAAACCUAUACCGAAUUAGUAUGCAGGAAGACACUGACUAGGCACUUAAUUAGUAUGGAGGAACAAAUUUUUUCUCUAGGAUAAAACAAUGGGUGACGUCAUAGACUCGACCCUUAUGCUUAUUAAUUAAGGGAACGCACACGGAAUGCAAAGGGAACGCACCAAGGAGGUUAAGUUUCAACAUAGUAUACUACUGCUGUGUCCGGGUAUACUUUCUUGUAGGUCUUAGUACUAUUGUUCUGCUGUAGAUCCUUAUAUGAUUGUGUGUCCAUUUUGUAAAUAUAUUUGUAUAUAUAUAUAUAUAUAUAUAUUUUUUUUUACUGGUAAAAUUCAAGCGCAUUAUAGACCUUACUUAGAAAAUUAAACUGAAAGAAACAGCACCGUUGUUCUCGAUUAGCAGAAAUAUUUUUCUUUAGAUGAAGAGGCGAAGAAGCCAGGCUUACUCAUCUUACUAGCUCCUUAUCUCUUCAAAGAGAAUCAAAAGUUUUUAUAUUGUUCUUUCUAUUAACAGAACUACCAGAGACGUACAUUUUCAAUCUUCGUCGACAAAGAGAACAACAAGCUAAGGAAGAUACCAACAAUCAUGAGACUGGGCUCUACGAAAAUUUCAAGAGAAACAUCAAGGAAAAAGGUUUUUCGAUUUCUGACAAUCAAGGAGGGGGAAACUGCAUGUUUUUGGCCCUUUCGGAACAGCUCCACCUCAAAAAAGGAAUUAAAAUCUCACAAGCAGAGUUACGGCAAACCGUAGUCCAAUAUCUGAAGAAAAACCCUACGCUGGUUAGUGUUUCAGGUUUCUUGACACAAGUUAUUCAAGUCUGUUCAUCCUUGGUUAAAAUAUCAAAAUAUAUCUUAAGGAUUUUAGUUUAUCUAAUUUCAGGUUAGAACGGAUAGUGAGUACAUUCGCGCAUACAUUACUAAGUUUCGUUGACUGCAAUUGAAAUAAUUCUUUUGUAGACUAUUUUGCAAGCAACGAAGGCGGUAGUAUAGCCAGAGCGCGAACAUUCGGUUGCACAAGAUUUAAUGUUAAGCAUGCACCACGAAACCUCAUCAUCAGAGCGUGCCCCGGGUUACUGAAGCAUAUUUUUCUUUUCCUUUUAGGCAAUCUUUCCAUUCCUAUUGAUUGAAUCUAAGGCACUUUAUGUAGUAAUCGCAUUUCAGCCGAAAGAGCACAGCUCCCUGAAUAAGCAUUUGAAAUCCUUACCCCCCCAACCCCCGUCGAAUAUCUAAAAGAGCAUUUUUUUCAAUGCAAACCAAAAAUAGCCAGUAAUAAUACAGAGCUGGCCUUUUUUUCCAAAGACGAUGUUGACUGUAACUCGGUACGCAUGGUGAUAUGAAAAACUUCAAGUCCAGUUACCGAGAUCCCCGUUGAAUAAACCGAGAAAUCUGUAACCGAGCAAUCUUACCUUCUCAUGUAAAACCCUACCAAUCCCUCCCUUUCUUUAAAAGUGGUGAGGCAUUUAGAAGCACGGCUGUGCUCUUUGUAGGAGCUUUACUGAACUACAGUAUUUUUUUUCUCACAGCCGGAUGGUACAGAGCUCUUUCAUUUCGUCGACGGAUAUUCAUCUUGGGAUGCGUACCUCACACGCAUGAUGGCAGAUGGUACAUUGGGUGAUCACGUGAUCCUCCAUGGUACAGCAAACCUCUUUAAAACAUGCAUUCACGUGAUAAGCAGUCAUCACGAUGAAGUAAUGAUCUGCCCAGAGUAUGACGCUAGCACCCGCCUUGUACUGGGUCACGUGCAUGAGCCUCACUAUGUCAGUCUUAUUCCACAUAAAGGAGGUAAAGAUGUUUGA